GAAAGAGAGCGAGAGAGAGAGGUGGAGAGAGGAAGAGACACCCCCUGGAAACUAGUGAGGAGAGCCGGCCCCCGGUCUGAGUAAAGGAGAGAGAGAGUGAGGGAGUGAGGGAGUGUUUUAAAGCCGUCAGGAGGCAUGAUGUCCUACAUUAAGCAACCCCAUUACGCCGUGAACGGGUUAACGCUGUCCGGCCCGGGCAUGGAUCUGCUCCACUCCGCCGCCGUUGGAUAUCCCAGCACCCCACGUAAACAACGUCGGGAGCGCACCACCUUCACGCGCGCACAACUGGACAUCCUAGAGGCUCUGUUUGCCAAAACCCGCUACCCAGACAUCUUCAUGAGGGAGGAGGUGGCCCUGAAGAUCAACCUGCCGGAGUCUAGAGUCCAGGUUUGGUUCAAGAACCGCCGUGCCAAAUGCCGGCAGCAGCAGCAACAGAGCACAGGCCAGUCCAAACCACGACCCCCUAAAAAGAAGGCAUCCCCUGCCCGCGAGGCCACCACCGAGGCCAGUGCCAACCCCACCAAUGGACCCUACAGCCCUCCACCACCACCUCCAGGCACCGCCAUAACUCCCAGCUCCAGCUCUGCUAGUGCCACCGUCUCCAUCUGGAGCCCAGCCUCUAUCUCUCCUCUGCCAGACCCCCUGUCUGCCUCCACCACCCCCUGCAUGCAGCGCACCACCACCUACCCCAUGACCUACACCCAGGCGCCGGCCUACAGUCAGAGCUACGCAGGCUCCUCCUCUUACUUCACCGGCCUGGACUGUAGCUCCUACCUGUCUCCCAUGCACCCACAGCUGUCUGGCACCGGAGGAGCCCUGAGCCCCAUCACAGCCUCCUCAAUGGGCGGGCCCCUCAGCCAGUCCCCUGCCUCUCUGUCCUCCCAGGGCUACACAGCCGCCUCACUGGGCUUUGGAGCUGUCGACUGUCUAGACUACAAAGACCAAGCUGCCUGGAAGCUCAAUUUCAAUGCCGCUGACUGUCUGGACUACAAAGACCAGAACUCCUGGAAGUUCCAGGUCUUGUAAAUAACAGGAAGUGGAA